GUUGCUAAGCAAAUUAUUUCUGAGUCACACAGUGGGGUUGUGGAUGGGCUCGAGCAAGGUCCUCUAUUUUGUCCAAACAUUAAAAAUAAAAACAAGAAAUUGUGCAUUGAUGCGUUUGACGGAACCGGAAAACGCUCGUGGGCCAUUGUAUUUGAGUUUCAUGAGCGUACGUGAAAAUAGGUGCCAGUGCAAUGAGGGCCUUUUAUUCGAUCGUACUCAUUCUCACGAAUUUCGGUGCAAUAAAGUUAGACGGGGUUAAAGAAGUUCGGAGAAGGGACGGGGACGUGAACGUAGCGGUUAUUUUACGUAACGAAUGCAACAGCACGGAUCUCCUUACGGAGUUUGAACAUUCUAUGGUGGAUUCGGUAAUAUGGACCAUACACCAGCUCAACUCUUCCGAUGUUGUGCCAGGACUGAGUUUUGGAAUGACCAUUUACAAGACGUGUAACGAGGAUGAAGAAUACGCCACGAUUUUUGACUUGUUUCAGAAAAAAAAGGAAGAAUUUUUGCUGGGUUUGGUCACCACGUCGCGUUUUUCCUCGAAAGUUCAAAAGUUUUGUGACGUAUUGGAUUUAAGUGUUAUGCAAACGGUUAAGUGCGCUUUACCGCUAGUUAAGGCUUCGGUUGCGUUACUAAGGGCUCUAAAUUGGGUGGAAAAUGUUACGGUGGUUGCACAAGACGAAGUUGUUUUAGACGAAUUUUUAAAAGUUUCUCGAAAGGAAUGGAUUUGUGUCAAUGAGUAUUUUCUCGCUGCCAAUUCUAACAAACUAUCAAGAAAUGUGUCAUCAGAAUACUUUGUAAUUUUCGGCACCCACGACUUCAUUGCAACCGUUGCCAAAAAUUUUGACAUCACCAACGCAAUCGUGGUCCCAACCGAUGACGCAAUAUUAAACGAUUUACCGGAAAACACCUACAUCAUAAGCGCUCACUCCGCUCACAAUUUUGACCACCAAGAGCAACACUACUACACUCUUACCCCCCAACUGUUUGAAAUCGCCACCCCAUUGGUAACCUACGCGCAAAGUCUGAAACAAGCUCUCAACAACUGUACCCACUCCAACUACAAACUGUGUCUCAAAAAUUUCGGAAAAGCGCGCCCAUUCAUGUUGGAACCAUCUCAAAUUAUCGAUUUGCUCAAAAUUGAAACAUCCAGUAUUAACUAUUACAUCUACAAGUCUGACAAUGCCUCACUCCUUCGUACCAAACUCUUCGUCUAUAAUUUCUUCAGUGAUAAUUUAACUCAGUUGUCUUCGUUUGAUUUCGACAAUAACACGUCUAGCUACACAUGCAUGUCUCAAGAGGGAGGUUGCCAGAAGCAGUGCAAAAAUUUCGACUUUCGUAGCAACUUCAAGUUUGCACCCGAAGACUGUGAAAUGACUAUACGAACAGAGAGUUGGGUUUUUGCUUUCUUGUCUUUAUCCUUACUCGGGGUUUUACUUUGCAUAGCUAUUUUAAUCUUCCUUCUUGUAUCAAUCUGUCGCAGGAACGUCCUGGAAGGUAACCCCAUGUUGUCAAUACUCCUUUUAAUCACUGUGAUGUUGAUGUAUUGCUCAAUCCUUCCGCUAUCACUCGAAGGGGACAAAAGUUCCAAAAAUUCGAUUUGUGUAGCUAGAGCUUUAGCCAUAACUCUGAGCUUUGCGGCAGCUUUUUCCCUAAUCUUGAGUCGAAGCAUUCUUCUGGCUACAGCUUCGAAAGAAAUAGGUUUUAUGUCGCACGUCGCAGGUCCUGUUCAGUCUUUCCUCUGUCUAUUUAUUUUUGGUGUACAAGCAGCUCUUAGCUUCCAGGUAGUUAACCGUUGUAACGACAUCUUCAAAGGACACUCUUUCAUCUAUCUUCUUUCAUAUAACGUGAUGCUCCUGCUCCUUCUUCUCUGUCUCUCUCCUCUUAUCAUCAAAUGCCAAAGAAACUAUAAAGAAGGAAAGUACUUUACAUUCGCCGUUAUAACAAUUUCGUUUUUGUGGUGCAUCUGGUUACCAUCUUACGCAUUUUUGGGUAAACAAUACAAGGACUCGGUUCUUUGUUUUGGUCUUAUUUCCACAGCAAGUGCUCUUUUGGGUACCAUUUUCAUCCCUCGGACUUAUCUAAUGACUAUUGCCGCAGCCCGCGAUAAAAUGACAAGUGCUUUACCAUCUCUGGCAGCCACUACCAGCGCCAUGGACAUCUACAGAGCCGGAACUCAGCCUGUGUACGACUGUGUCAAUGUGGCCGCGAUUAAUGCCGUCACCGUCGCCAGGGCCGGACUCACGACAAUGCAACAGCCCGAUUUGUACUCUUGCCCGCAUUUGCCCGAAGAUGACGAUUUCGACGCACGCUGCGAUUCGCCCGUUCAUGAUGAUAAAGUGACAAGGUUUUAGAGGUCACUGUAUUGUUGCGAGAUGAAAUCAUUUAUUUGCACAAUAAUGUGAAAAGUAGAAGGCCGGAUGUUUUUUUUUAUGUAAAGCGAAGUUUGCAUUGUUUCCGCAAAUAGUGGGCACGGAUCAGAUAAGGAGUUCAUUCAAUUUUAACGGACGUGUGGCGUUAAUAAAUCGGAGUUGUUAAUAUAAAAAUAGGGUUGAUUGUAGGCUAGUUACGUAGAAGUGCUAAUGAACUGUUAGAUUUGCACAAGUGUGCAAAGUGUUACAGGUAGUGGUAGUAGCUAUUGUUGUGAUGACCGAGAUUUAACAUCAUGCAUCUGAUAGAUUUGUUCAAUACUCGAGCGAUUGGCUUGUGGUUUAUUAAGGACGAGGCUAACGGAAGUUCUAGAAGUGCGUGUUCCACAAAAAUUGUGACCUUAUUUGUGUUUAUUUAGCACUUCGAAAAUCCCUUAGCGCCGUCACUGAUUCUUCUAGUUUUAGUAAAGAGUCGCCUUAUCUCCCCCUGCCCACAUAACUUAUUGUAAUUUAUUUGUCGCUCUCUUGUACUAGUCAAUAAAUUUUUUACCUCCAA